UAAUUCUCUGCAAAAAUGACUGGUCGUGGAAAGGGUGGAAAGGGAUUGGGAAAAGGAGGAGCAAAGCGCCAUCGUAAAGUGUUGCGUGAUAACAUCCAAGGUAUCACCAAGCCCGCCAUUCGUCGUCUGGCUCGUCGUGGUGGAGUAAAACGUAUUUCGGGAUUGAUCUACGAGGAGACUCGUGGUGUCUUGAAAGUGUUCCUUGAGAACGUGAUCCGUGACGCAGUCACUUACACCGAACACGCCAAGAGGAAGACCGUCACCGCCAUGGACGUCGUCUAUGCCCUCAAGCGUCAAGGCCGCACCCUGUACGGUUUCGGCGGUUAACUUCAUUCAUCCAUCAUCAUCAUCAAAAAACAAACAAUCGGCCCUUU